CUCAGCGAGACGCAAACGCGCCCCCUGGUGGAGGCGUGCAGCGCGGCCGACGGGACCGGAACAAAAGUGUUCUACGGAACGCGGUGCGGGCUCAGAGUUUCCGGGGAGGAGGGCAGAGGAGGACCUGCGCGAGGAGGUUCCUUCGGCAGCGGAGGAGGCAAUGGCUUUGGGGGUCCGGGGGCUGCGCCUCUGGCGGGCCGCCCCUGCUGGCGGGGCUGGCUGGAGAUUGAUAGCAACAUCGCCAGCUUCGCACCUGUCACCGACAGAACUGAUAGAAAUGCAGAAUGACCUCUUUAAUAAAGAGAAAAACAGGCAGUUAUCAUUAACUCCUCGAACUGAGAAGAUUGAAGUUAAACACGUUGGGAAAACGGACCCUGGCACUAUCUUCGUGAUGAAUAAAAACGUUUCAACUCCUUAUAGUUGUGCUAUGCAUUUAAGUGAGUGGCACUGCGGGAAGUCCAUUCUGGCUCUUGUGGACGGACAGCCUUGGGACAUGUAUAAACCUUUGACCAAAUCCUGUGAGAUUGAAUUUCUUACUUUCAAAGAUCGUGAUCCUGGAGAAGUGAAUAAGGCUUAUUGGCGUUCCUGUGCCAUGAUGAUGGGCUGUGUGAUAGAGAGGGCAUUCAAAGAUGAAUAUGUGGUCAGUUUGGUCAGAGCUCCAGAAGUUCCUGUAAUCUCUGGAGCCUUCUGCUAUGAUGUAGUUCUGGAUAAGAGACUUGAUGAGUGGAUGCCAACAAAAGAGAACCUGCGUUCCUUCACAAAAGAUGCCCGUGCUUUAAUUUAUAAAGAUCUUCCAUUUGAAACUCUGGAAGUGGAAGCAAAAGUGGCAUUGGAAAUAUUUCAGCACAACAAGUACAAAACGGAUUUCAUAGAAGAGAAGGCAUCUCAGAACCCUGAGAGGAUAGUCAAGCUGCACAGAUUUGGUGACUUCAUUGAUGUGAGUGAGGGUCCUCUUAUUCCAAGAACAAGUAUUUGUUUCCAGUAUGAAGUAUCAGCAGUUCACAAUCUUCAAGCCACGCAGUUGAGUCUUGUACGAAGAUUCCAGGGUCUGUCUUUACCGGUACACUUAAGAGCACAUUUUACUAUAUGGAAUAAGCUAUUGGAGAGAUCUCGGAAAAUGAGCUCACUCUGGGGCAACACGGGAGAAAGCUGUGACGUAAGCCCGCAGUCUGUUAGAGGGAUGGAAGAGAUGAGAGCCUCAAGUUCAGGUGUUGCGGUGAGAGCCCCGGGUAGAGUUCGUUGAAUUCUUGUUGAUUGAAAUGUGCACAGAAGAGAACCUGGAUUCUGCAGCGGCAGGCUCGGGUAGCUGGGCAGAGCCCCUCAGCGAGAUAGGUAAUGCACCACGUGGGGCAGGUUUUGGGGUGAUGAGUAUAGUUUAGCUGUUUGGUGGAUGUGUCUGAGUGACACAGACUAGAAAUAGGGACAUACAGGUCCCUAUUUCUACUAAACCUGUAAUAUUCUAUGUUUAAAAUAGAAUUAUGUCUCUCAAGAAACUGUUGAUUUAAAAUACUGUGUUACAGCAUUACUGGGCUUUUUCUCAUACUAAGGAUUUCGUUUUGUAAUUGAAAAAUAAAAUGACAAACUUGGGAAGCCUAGAUGGAUGCCUCAUUAUAUUUUGAGUGGAAUUGUUGUACUUUACUUGAUAAUUUCUGUUGUGACCCUGGCCUUGUAAGGUUUCUUCUUUUUCUACUUACCUUUCUUUAAUAAUUACUAACGAAGGAGAAAGACCAGGGGUCAUUAUUGGAGAAGGACUGUGGAAUGAUCUAAAAUGGUGGGGGGAGGGUGGAACUAAAAGUUGUUUUUAUUAG